AUGAGACGUUGUGUAGAUUCCGGAGAGUAUCUAGGAGGACCACUGACUAAGUACAUUGAUACGUUUGUUGGGGUAGCUGGACCGAAUCAUGGCAUUAGUCUGCAGGUGGGAGGCUUAGCUAUCCCUGGAUGUGUGUUCAGUGUUAUUCCAGUCUGUAAUCAAGUAACCGGACUCUACUCGGGUAUUUGUCCGAGCGAAAGCGAAUUUUUGCAGGACAUCAAUGGUCAGAUUGGUUACGAGGGUAUGCACAUUUUCACAAUUCAUUCGAAGAAGGAUCAAAUUGUUGGUAACAUCGUCUGCAACAAGGUAUGUUAAAA